GACAAAUUCUACGGACAAACUUAACGGGCAAACUAAACGGGCAAACUAAACCAUCAAAACUUUACUUGAACCUCAAUCCAUUCAUUCAUUAUGGCUCAUGGAUCUCGGAGUUUUUAACUUUGAGCUCGUCCUUUCUCCACUCUACGGAUCUAAUAAAUAUUAUACUGUAAAUUAGAGAAUACAGAGGCUUAGAUGUCUCGGCAAAACGGCCUAAAGAUUGGUUUUGGAGAUCCGCAAGCUUCCUUCCCAAAGAACCCCACAACUCUAGUCCCCACGUUGGAAUUUUCUAUUUCCCCGAGAUCAUCACAACGCCUCGGGCAAACUACCCCUCAUUUCCGCUUAUUUGACCAAAUUUUAGCUCUAGAAUGGUGGGCCUUGUUUAGUUCCGCAUACUCGGGGUGCAUGAUCACUGCGGAGAAGGACCCUCGACCUAGGUUUGACACGAGGCCGAAAGAAAAACUGGGAACCGCCGCGUGCAGCAUGAUGUUCAUCAACUCAUUUAAUAAACAUAAGAUCCUCGUCUUCGGCCGUCUGGAUUCCUCAGUCAUCGGCCCUUGACCAAGUUCAAUUCUUCAGACACCGAUUCUUUUGGCCAUUUUGCUUCAUCGCUUCACUUGACUUGUCAUGGCGCCAGCUGCUGCGCAUACUGCUGAUGCCAUUAGGCCUCCUAUUGACAUCGACUCGAUUCCGCCUUUUUAUAAACGCAAGAAUGGAAUUCUUCUAUAUUUCCUCCUUACGUCGUCAUUAUUUUCGAGUAUGGCACUUGGUAUCGAUGGAUCAAUGACAAAUGGCAUGCAAGUCCUACAGACGUGGCAGGAUCGCUUUGGUCAUCCAGAAGGCUCAGCACUCGGAUUCUUUGGAGCCUCGACCGCUAUCGGCGGCGUGAUUCCUUUCAUUUUUUUUAACUGGGUGUCUGAUGUCUAUGGCAGAAGAUGGCCAACAUUCAUCGGUGGCAUAAUCAUCAUUGCUGGUGUCCUGGUUGAAUUCUUUGCUACCUCUUUGGACAUGUAUAUCGGCGGUAAGAUUGUCGUCGGCGUUGGCUCAUCAUUCAUCCAAAUGGGUGCCCCAGUCCUCGUCACCGAACUUUCCCACGUUAAAGAACGUGUCGGUGUUACAACUUUUUACAACACUGGUAUCGUGCUCGGAUACGCAGUCGGUGCCUGGGUUACAUUCGGCGCCUACCGCAUUCCUAGCCAGUGGGCAUGGCGUCUACCAACACUGAUCCAAGUCGUGCCGUCUGCUUAUCAAGUCGCUCUCAUCUGGUUCUGUCCCGAAUCUCCGCGCUGGCUGAUGGCCAAAGGCCGGCCCGAUGAGGCGCGUAAGAUCUUGAUCAAGUAUCAUGGCGAAGGACAGGAGACCUCACCGCUUGUAGCAUUUGAGAUGGAGGAGAUACAGCAGGCAAUUACAGAUGAUAAAGAGCGCAACAUGACGUGGAGAGAUUUUUUCAGCUCGAAAGGAAACUGGAAACGCAUUGCCCUCUGCAUGUGCACUGCCGUCUUCUCCCAAACUGCCGGUAACAGUCUGGUUUCUAACUACCUGACCCAAAUCCUCAAAGACACUGGGUUGAAGACCGAAUUCGAGAUCACUGUCGUCAACGCCUGCGUCACGAUGUGGCAGUGGGUCGUCUCUAUUGGCGUCACCGUCUUCAUCAACCGCUGGGGCCGGCGCAAAUUCUUCCUUACGGGCUCGGGCGGCUGCGUCAUUGUCUUCAUCGUCUGGACGAUUGCAUCCCAGCAGUACAUCGACAAGGGCAACCUUGCCUGCGGACGUCUCGUGCUCGCCUGUAUCUUCUUCUUCCAGCUGUUCUACACGAUCGCAUGGACGAAUCUUAUCGUAACGUACCCUCUAGAAAUCUCGUCACUGCGCAUGCGUGCCAAGACCUGGUCGCUGGUGCUCUUGACGAUUCAGGUCUCUAGUAUCUUCUCUGGAUAUGUCAACCCCAUUGGCUUGAAGAAUAUCAGCUGGAAGCUGUAUAUCUAUUAUGAUAUCUGGCUGGCGAUAAUCUUCUUGGUUGUGUACUUUUUCUUUGUCGAGACGGCGGGCCCGACGCUAGAGGAGUUGUCAUAUCUAUUCGACGGAAAGGAGGCGCAAGAGAAGGCGACUCUGGAAAUAAAGGAGAAAAAUGAGUUAAUAAACGAGGAGGGAACGGUGGCGAUGGAUGAAAAGGCAAAAGAUGUUUGAGUGGGGAAAUUUCGGGGGCUGUUUUAAAUAUUACGUGAUUGGGCAAUAUAAUCAAUCAAAUAAUGGAGGAUCCGUUACAUAAAUUCAAAGGCCUUGACUAGUGUUUGGCAGAUAGUAUACUUACAACGUAAGGUAAGUACUUAAACC